CAUUGGUACUGAGAGUAGUAAUAAGUGAUGCAACAUGAAAUUGACCUUACACGAUCUUCGUCAAAAUGGAGGAAUACGCACGUGAACCAUGUCCAUGGAGAAUUGUUGAUGACUGUGGUGGAGCUUUCACAAUGGGAGCCAUAGGUGGUGCUGUUUUUCAGAGCAUAAAAGGGUUUAGAAAUGCUCCUAUAGGAAUCAACAGAAGACUACUAGGCAGUCUUGCAGCUGUGAAGGAGAGAGCCCCAGUUGUUGGUGGAAACUUUGCUGUUUGGGGUGGUCUAUUCUCUACUAUUGAUUGUACUAUGGUUCAUAUAAGGAAGAAAGAAGACCCAUGGAAUUCUAUAACAAGUGGGGCACUGACAGGAGCUAUCCUUGCUGUUCGAAAUGGAGCUGGUGCAAUGGUAGGAUCAGCUGUCAUUGGUGGUGUUCUACUGGCUUUGAUUGAAGGUGUUGGAAUCUUAUUCACCAGGUAUUCCGCUGAGCAGUUUAAACCUAUUAACCCUCAGAUGGAGGAUCCUUCACAACUCUCACAAUCAGGACCAUUUGGUAAUCAACAAUAUCAGUGAAUUAGUUAAUAAUUGUUAUUAUAUUUUCAUUAUUCACUCAUUAAGGUGGCUUAUUCCAUUUGUAAUUUCAUAUAGCAUUUUUUUCUCACUUUAACUGACUUCCAACUUAAACUGUGUGAAAUCAAAAAUAAAACAACUCAUUUUAAAACUUCUUUUCUUAGUUAUGUUUGGUCCUUUUAAAGUGAGCCUCAGACAGUGUAUUUGCUCUGUUUCACUUAUUUAUAUUAUUAUUAUUGUAACUACUUUGGUCUGAUGGAUUGAGCAAAUAAUCUAUAGCAUGAAAUGUUUUAUAAAAAAUAUUUAGAAAUUCUGAAAUUGUGUGUGAUUUGAAUUAAACUUCCCAUGAUAUGAUCUGCUGCCUAAAAACUUAACUGAAAUUCAGUAAAAACUACUAUUUUGGGGAUUUAAUAGUAUUUAACAUAUUUUAAUCAACUUGAAUAUAGAAGAUAUUUUUUGUUAUGUCAAAAGUAUAUCUUCCCCUCCAUAACAAAUAUUAGAUUUGCAGUGGUAAUAAACAAAUCAUAUGGUUUAGUAACAAAAGUAUUUUUUGUUAAGAGUUAAUUGAGAAAAAAAAGAGUAAUAUGUUCUUUAAAAUUGUAUUGAUAUAGUUUGCAGAGUGAAAAUUGUUUGAUGUAACUUUUGUGAGACAAGUUAAUAAAUAUUAGUAGAAUUAA